UCUUUAAGAGGCAAGAAAGUGAACAAGUCUCUAAUAAAUCUCAUUUUCGUUUACACACUCCGAAAAAAAAAAACGAGAUAAGAAAUGUUUAACUCUCAGUUUCUGUCUGUUGCUUGACAAAGGCGCCGAGCUGGGGAGAAAUUUUCCAACAAAAUCUUUGUGAAAAUGUCUCAAAAAUCCCCAAUUUCCGUUCAUAUCCUGGAUACAUCGCGUGGACGUCCAGCCACGGGAAUCCCUAUAACUCUCUUCAAGGAAGAAAACGAUUCAUGGCAGACAGUGGGUAGUGGGCAGACGAAUGCUGAUGGGAGAUGUGAUCAAUUCCUCACUAGAGAGCAAUUUUCUGCAGGAACCUACAAAGUUCAUUACGACGUGCAGGAGUAUUUCCUGAAGACAACGGGAUUUUUCUUUUAUCCCUACAUUGAGGUGGUUUUCAAGAUUGAGAAUGCGGGAAAUGACCAAAAUUAUCACAUUCCUCUCCUCCUUAGCCCAUUCGGCUACUCAACAUACCGAGGAUCAUAACUCCUUCGCAUCUUUUACUGGGAAUUUUUAGCAGAUGAAAAUGAAUAAAGAAAAUAAUAACUUA